AUGAUAGUUUAUUUAAAUAAGAAUUUAUAUUUAAUAUAUAUAUUAAAAUAUAUAAAUGGGUUAAGUUUAUAUAAUAUUAAUUUAUUAUUAAAUAUUAGUAAUAUAAGUAUUUUUAAUAUAAAAAAUAAUAUAUUUAAAAUAAAAUUUAGUUUAUAUAGAUUGAAUUUAUAUAUUCAUAAAAUUUUUAAAAUUAAAAUAAAUAAUAUUAUUAAUAAUAAAAUUAAAAAGUUAAAUAUAAAAUAA